UUCUGUGCUCCUCGGUCCUACUUGUUCUUUGGUCCAGCGCUGUCCUCACCAUCUUCUCUCUCGGGGACGGCAUCUUUAGUGUGGGCACCUGACUGUGACAACUGUCUGCAGUGUUUGGUCAUCUCCUGUACUGUGUCCGCAGUCUCUGGUCAUCUCCUGUACUAUGUCCGCAGUCUCUGGUCAUCUCCUGUACUGUGUCUGCAGUCUCUGGUCAUCUCCUGUACUAUGUCCGCAGUCUCUGGUCAUCUCCUGUACUGUGUCUGCAGUCUCUGGUCAUCUCCUGUACUGUGUCCGCAGUCUCUGGUCAUCCUCUGUACUAUGUCCGCAGUCUCUGGUCAUCUCCUGUACUGUGUCUGCAGUCUCUGGUCAUCUCCUGUACUAUGUCCGCAGUCUCUGGUCAUCUCCUGUACUGUGUCUGCAGUCUCUGGUCAUCCCCUGUACUGUGUCUGUAGUCCACAGAAUAUUUUUUUCUUGUUUUCCUCCUCUAAAACCUAGGUGCGUCUCAUGGUCAGGUACGUCUUAUGGAGCGAAAAAUACAGUAUUUGCUUUUUAUAUCCUA